AUGAUAAUACACCCAGAAGGGCCGGGUCGCGACUUCUUGAUCAUAAUCAGCAUACUUCUCGCGCUCUCGACGAUCGCCAUCACCCUGAGGAUAUGGGCGCGCCUUGAGAUAAGAGCAUUUUGGAUUGACGAUUGGCUGAUGGUGGCAGGAUGGGCUCUUCUUGUCUUCUGCUGUAUCGCCGACUACUUCUCGAUAUCGUAUGGGGUCGGUGCUCACGCAUGGCGCCUCACUGAAUAUCAGAAGCAGCAAGCGGAGAAGGCACCACAGAUCCACUGUCUGAUCCCCUGCCAGUGGUUCCUCAUCGCCGGUGUCGCCUACGUCGCUGCCACAGCGCCGGUCAAAGCAUCCAUUUGCAUGCUCAUCAUCCGCAUCACGCCGAGGCGUAGUCACCAUUGGAUCUUGUACGGCGUCAUCUUUGCUUCUACUGCCGGCUCUGUGAUCCGAAUCGGUGCCUUCCUUGGUCGCUGUCAACCAGUCGAGGCUGCUUGGACUGGGGAGGGAAAAUGUGGCUCGGCAGCCAUCAUGACCAAUGUCGCGUACUUCUUCGGUGCGCUAUGCAUAGCCACGGAUUGGAUUUGCGCUAUCCUACCGGCGUUCGUCGUUUGGAAGAUUCAGCUCUCAUGGAAAGCGAAGUUGUACGUUGGCGUCAUGCUCGCUCUGGGUGUCCUGGCCUCGGUAGCCACCAUCGUCCGGAUGAAGUACCUGCUUGCCUACCAAGACCCCGACGACUACGUCUAUGGCAUCACCGAUAUUGCCAUAUGGUCCGAAGUCGAAUGCACAAUCGGCAUCGUCGCUGGCUCGCUUGCCACCAUGCGCCCGCUCCUUCGAUACCUCCGCGUCCUCGGCCUAUCCAUAACGAGCAGCUCGAAGUCCACUGAAAGCGAAGGGGCAGCACAUAGGUUACAGGCCUUCCCAAAGCCUAGGAGAUCGAGUGUGUCGAAGAUUGCUACUUCAUAUAAGGUGGUAAUUGAAAGGGGGCGAGAUGCUGAGAGAGGCGAUGAAGAAAGCGACGGAGGAAGCCAGCGGCGUAUCCUUCCUGAUUCGGGGCUAGAGAUAUUCAAGGCUAGAGAAGUGGAAGUUACGAUUGAGGAUAGGGAUCCGAAGAAAGACUAUGCCUACCGAGGUGAUCCUCUUCCGUAG